GGGUUUAAGAUGCUGAGAGGAGCAAAUGGGCGUGAUUUAGACACAGUCUGGCUGGAGUAGAGCAUCCUUAACCGAGGCUCGGCUAGCGGCUCCAAACUGAUGCUGAGUCAGGUACAGGUGGAGUCACACAACCUAUUUUACCUCAGAGCCUCCAGAAAUCAUGGAGGAGCUGGAACAUACCUGUCCACUGCCACGAACGACUCUUAUAGAACCGGCCAUAUUUACUCCAGAGACAAGUUGUGAGUGUCGAGCGCCACAUGAAAAGCUGACUGUAGAUCAAGCUCGACUGGGAACGCCAGUGGACCGACCGGUGCGAGUCUACGCAGAUGGCAUCUUCGAUCUCUUUCAUUCCGGUCACGCUCGUGCCCUCAUGCAGGCUAAGAAUCUGUUCCCCAACACCUACCUUAUAGUGGGAGUAUGCAGUGACGAACUCACACACAAGUACAAGGGCUUCACUGUCAUGACAGAAGAUGAGCGCUAUGAGGCAUUAAGACACUGUCGAUACGUCGACGAGGUUUUACGCGAUGCUCCUUGGACUCUGACACAAGACUUUUUAGAAAAACACAAGAUUGACUUUGUGGCACACGAUGACAUCCCAUACUCCUCUGCUGGAUCUGAGGACGUGUACAAGCAUAUUAAGGAGGCAGGUAUGUUUGUGCCCACUAAAAGGACAGAAGGGAUCUCCACGUCUGACCUGAUCACCCGGAUAGUGAGAGACUAUGACGUCUAUGCUAGACGUAACCUGCAGAGGGGCUACACCGCUAAAGAACUGAACGUCAGUUACAUUAAUGAGAAGAAGUACCGUUUGCAGAACCAGGUGGAUAGAAUGAAGGAAAAAGUGCGGACCGUAGAGGAAAAGUCAAAGCACUUUGUGUAUAGAGUGGAGGAGAAGAGCCAUGAUCUGAUCCAGAAGUGGGAGGAGAAGUCAAGAGAGUUCAUUGGGAACUUCCUGGAGCUCUUUGGCCCAGAUGGAACAUGGAAGCAGAUGUUUCAGGAGAGAAGCGGCCGUAUGAUCCAGGCCUUCUCCCCACGCGGCUCACCCAGCAGCAGCCCACCAAGGGACUUUUCUUCAUCCCGUUCACCGUCGCCCCCAUCCCGCUGGGCAAUGCCUCGAACAUCACCACCCUCAUCCCCUAAGGGCGCCUCCGCCUCCAUCAGCAGCAUGAGUGAAGGCGACGAGGACGAGAAGUGAGAAUCAACCAUCACCCACACACCCACCAGACUGCACUUUACCUACACACACACUCACAUACACACACACACACACACACACACACACACACACACACACACACACACACACUGGCAGCGAAUGACAGGUCAAAUACUCUUAUGGGGAAAUUAAAAAUAAUGUACUGUACACAGCACAGGGUUUGUCCAAGUCCUGUUUAUUUAUGCUGGUAUUACAGCAAACUUUUUGAAAGCCAUCGCAGCCCUGAAUAUAUUCUGAGAGGAGGUUAAUAAACAGAAGGGGGAUUCACUAGAUCGACUGCAUCUUUUGUUUGAACACGUUAUGUAUGUUGUUAGCACUCAGAUCACUUAAAAAUGAAUGCUUUACAAUAAGGUAUCAUGGGUUAACUGCAUUCAAGUGUAUCUGUCUGCGGACUGCAAGAUGGGGGCGUAACUUGCAGUUUUUUCUCCAAAUUUAUCCACAACCAAUUCAAGUGAUAUAUUAUUAUUAUUUAUUUAACUCCACCAUGCAACUCGCUAAAUUCUGCAUCCAUUUUGUCAUGACAGUUAGUUAGCCUACAUCACCCCUUGUGGUUGCAAAUAACAGAACAAUAGUAAGCUCGUCAAGUAUGAGAGCCUUCGCAGACUCAUGUUGGUACGUUAAAAAACUGUGAUGGUUGGGGUUAAGGUUGGAAAGCUGUAGACGUUAAUAACUGAUGGUUGAGUUAAGGGUUGGGGUAGGUGUAGACAUUAAUAACGAUGAUGGUUGGGUUUAAAGUUGUGGUAGAUGUGGACGUCAAUUACUGUGAUGUUGGGUUUAGGGUUGGGGAAGGUUUAGACGUUAAUAACGAUGAUGGUUGAGUUUAGGCCUAGGGAAGGUGUAGACGUUAAUAAUGAUGGUUGGGUUUAGGGCUGGGGAAGGUGUAGACGUUAAUAAUGAUUGUGUUUAGGGUUGGGGAAGGUGUAGACAUAAUUCUGAUGGUUGGGUUUAGGGUUGGGGAAGGUGUAGACGUUAUGAUGAUUGUGUUUAGGGUUGGGGAAGGUUUAGACGUUAAUAAUGAUGAUGGUUGGGUUUAGGUUUAAGGAAGGUGUAGACGUUAGUAAUUCUGAUGGUUGGGUUUAGGGUUGGGGAAGGUGUAGACGUUAAUAAUGAUGAUGGCUGGGGAAGGUGUAGACAUUAAUAAUGAUGAUGGUUGGGUUUAGGCCUGGGGAAGGUGUAGACGUUAAUAAUUCUGAUGGUUGGGUUUAGGGCUGGGGAAGGUGUAGAUGUUAAUAACGAUGAUGGUUGGGUUUAGGUUUAAGGAAGGUGUAGACGUUAGUAAUUCUGAUGGUUGGGUUUAGGGUUGGGGAAGGUGUAGACGUUAAUAAUGAUGAUGGCUGGGGAAGGUGUAGACAUUAAUAAUGAUGAUGGUUGGGUUUAGGCCUGGGAAGGUGUAGACGUUAAU